UGUACGUGGACCAAUGAGAGUCGAUGGAAAAGCAGCAGAAGCUUUCGGAUGUCUGCGGGAACUCAGUGCCGGGCUCAGGACAGGUGAAGGCAGCAAUAGCAUCGCUUCUUUUUCACUGCUGCUUUAAUGUCGCUGGGACUGUCACCAUGAAGCUGAUACCCUUUCAUACUGGGGGAGUCUCCUUCAUCCUGGCCGUCCUCUUGGUUCUGCAUUACUGUCACAUAGCCAGCAUUCUUGGCCACAAGUCUGGAGGUGAUUUAAUUGUGGUGGAAAACACAGAACAUGAGGCUGUAAAUGGUGAACAGGAAGAGGUGGCAGUAGAUGAUGUGGAAGAUGAUGAAGGAGAUUUAGACGUUGUCCAGCCCAGUGAGCAGUGGCAGACACUUAAACCAGGUCAGGCAGUGCCACAAGGUUCUCAUGUGAGGCUGAAUCUGCAAACGGGUGAGAGGGAGGUCAGGCUGGGAGAAGAGCAGCUGAAAUACUGGACAGAGGAGCACAGGGAGGAAGAAGAGCUCCGGUCUUCUUUUAAUCCCGAUGAGCUGAAACGAGCCAUGAAGAAGAUAAAAGAGGACUGGAAGCUUGCAAGCAAGGACACAGAGCAGAAGGACUCUGUGGCUUCUAAGUUUCGCACAAUGGAGGAGUUGAAGAAAGACAUGGCUCAGCUGGACCUGCUGCUGGAGACGGAUGUUCAGAUAAUGAAGCGUCUGCUGGAGCAGUUCAACAGCAGCAACUCAACUACCGAACAAAGACUGAGCAUCCUGACGGAGCUCGAAUAUCUGGUGCAUCAGGUGGAUAAUGCUCAGACUCUGUGCUCCAUGGGGGGCCUCCAGUUCAUUUUAGAAGGUCUGAACAGCUCUGACUUCAGAUUACAGGAAAGCUCUGCCUUUGUCCUGGGCUCUGCAUUAGCCAGUAAUCCAGCAGUUCAAGUUGAAGCCGUGGAGAAUGGCGCCCUGCAGACAUUGUUAACCACGCUGGCCACUGCUCAGCAACUCAGAGUCAAAAAAAAGGUUCUGUUUGCAGUGGCUUCCCUCUUGCGUCACUUCCCCUAUGCACAGCGUCACUUCCUGACACACGGGGGUCUGCAGGUCCUGUCAGAGCUGUUCAGGACUGACGACAGUGGAGUUCUGCGUACACGCAUCGUCACCAUGUUAUACGAUAUGAUUACUGAAAAGGAGCUGAUCUUCCAGGGAGGUCUGGACCCAGUACUGGAUGCGUCUCAUGAUGAGCGGCGGCGUCAGUACUCUAAAGUGUCUUUGCAGGAGGAGCUGUUGGAAAAGGGCUGGUGCACUCUGGUCCCACAGCUCCUGGAGUCUUCAGAGAAUGACUACAGAGAGAAGGCUCUCCAGGCUUUGUUGGCAAUGGCUCCAGUGUGUUUGGAUCAGUACCGCUCAGAUGGCUCUCUGCAGGCUUCUCUUCACUCUCUGAAGCAAGAGUACCAGGAAAUGAUCCAGUCAGAAAUAAUUCUAGGAGAGGAGAACAGCUACUUUGAGGAGAUUGUAGAACUCAUAGAUGCACUGCAAGUCAAAAUGAAAUGAUCAGAGGACAGCACUUUGACAUUUCAUAUGAACACGGCAUACAUCGAUGAGCUGGUACAUUUACUCUGUUGGGGUGAGACAGUCAAUCGCAGAGCAGUGGACAAAGAGCACCACAAGGAACACAAUUUUGGGGACAUAACAAGUGAACUGGCCCUGAGGAAGACAGCUGUGCGAUUAGUCAGCAUGAACACAACCAACAAAUACUUCUUGUGUGGCCUAAAAAUGUUCUCCACACUUCUGAAGCUUUGUAUGGCCUCUCUGAGAAUUUACCAUCAAUAAUGUUGCUUUUCUUCUAAUCACUGUGGUGAGUGGGUAGGGUGGUGUAGUCCAGGUAUGUGUUCCAGAUGCUAUAGAUGAUGUGCACAUACUGACUGCACACACACCACUAAUCCCAAAGAACAGUGAUCCCUGUUGCUGUAUGGUUGCAGUCACAAGUGAAUGUGUCACAGAAGGAAUCGAUUCACAGUGACGGUGGCACAGUGAUGGCCAUGUAGUCCCGCUGCAUGUUUGAUAGGAAGCAAGAGCUGGGUCAUGUGCUUUGAAGCAACUUCACUAUCCCAGGAUGUAACUGGCUUCACUUACUCUAACAUUAGACAUCAGGUUAGGUUAAGUGUGCGUAUUAUGGGCGUUAUUAAGUCAGUUUCAUGCAGAAAGCAGCGUUUAGCAACGUCUGACUGAUCACGAACGUGGAUAUGUUUACUGGCAGCAGAGCGACGUAUUUUAUGAAGACCGUCAAGCAACGCUGCAGCCACAGCCGUAGUAUCUGAAUGUGGAGUGCUAUACAUUACAGUAUUAAACAACACUGUAUGAUUGCAUGUAUUUUCAAACAGAGACUUUGUGACUACAUGGGAAUGUAAAAACUGUUUGAUAUUUAAUUUUAAAGUCAUGCCACUCUGUACAGUGGACAGUGUGAAUGAUACUGUAACAUGAACGAGUGUUGUUGGUGACACACAGACAGAUGGACAGGUGUAGCAGUCCACUUCCAGCUCCUCUCUCCUCUAGGUCCCGACCUGACCCCACUGCACCACCCCUUCCCUGCAGCAGAGCCACAGACCACACCCCACCACAAUUACUGUUUAUGUAACUUAGGCAACCUGACUUUCCAAUAUUCACAUCCAAUGGAAACACAUUUUUCAUCAGUUUUAAAAUAAAAAAAAAAAACAGGAUUGUAUUUGAAAUUUUAUUUUCUAAGACUAAUAUGUUCUACUCUGUAGGUUACAGGAAAUUUAAGCAUUAUAGUCUGGCAACACAAGUUAUUGCCACUAACAAGAAUGUGCUGCAAGUUGCAGUAGAAUUUGGAUAGAUUUAGCUCUUUGGGGCGUGGUGGAUUUUGUAGUAAUAUUUUCACUCUGGACUGAUAACUUCAAAAUAUUCAUGUGUUUAUUUAUUUGAAAAAGAUGGUGUUCUGUUGAUGUAUGUUCAAGAAAGUAACUUAUGGCCCCAAAAUAAAAAAUGAGUGUUUCCAGACAAAAA